AUGUCCAUUUUCCAUCUUCAAAGCCCCAGAAGCGAAUCAACCAGGCCAGUCAAGCACGAGUCUCCAGUGUACCGCCGGACUUCAGCAAUUCGAGCAAACGUCAUGGUGUUGAUGCUACAGGACAAAUGGCGGCUGAUCAAGGAGAAUUGCCGGUUACUGUACCCUAUGGUCUUCUGUAACCCGGUUCUGAUUCUCCACUUCGUCAACGGACUGCUCAGCUUUCUGCAACCCAAUACUGUGUACGAUCCGACCUUCGACACGUGGAUCAACCCUCACUUGGACGUGCACGCCGACGACGAAAUUUGCAAGGUGUUUACCGUUCUUGUGGUUGUUCUGCAGUUAGCUGUGUAUCGCCCGAGUCUCGACAAUGGCGAUGAUACCCCAAAUGACGGGGGGUAA